AUGUUGCCUCUUUUUCGGUACGCACUUUUUCUUCUUCUCCUGAAUCUUGCUCGGAUUCACUCGAAAGAUGAACCGGUAUUUGUGAAGAGUGAGUCAAUUUUGCGGAGAAUUUCUCUAACGACUUCAUACAUCAGAUAACGAAGACAUUUGUCUGGAGGACGUGGAUCCGGGGCCUUGCCAGUACUACCAGGUACAAUGGUUCUGGGAUCAGCAGGACGAGGAGUGCAAGGAAUUCCAUUAUGGCGGGUGCAUGGGCACGAAGAACCGGUUCUCCUCGAAGCAACAGUGCGUGAAGCAGUGCAAGUACAAGAUGUUCAAUCCGGUCGCUGUGCCAGGUAGGAGAGAGAGAGGGCCGCCGCGUGUGGUUGUCAGGUUAAAAGAGAGAACUAGAACUAUUAGGAGAGCAAAACUACUUCAUUUCAGAUCUGUGUCUCCUCGACGCUGACCAAGGACACUGCGGAGACGAACGGAACGGCCAUUGGUGGUACUUUUUCAAUCAAGAAUCCGGAGAGUGCGAGAAGUUUUUCUAUUACGGAUGCGGCGGCAAUGACAACAAGUUCUACAGUAUGCACAUGUGCAGAAAAGUUUGUGCCGAACGACUUUCGCCUCAGAUUGGUAAGCGUCCAGCGGUCUUCACAAGCAAUUGGCAACUUUAGCCUGUGACCAAUGCGAUCUUCGCACUUCUUUUUGCAAAUCCCAUUCAAAGUUCAACUACACCUGCGAAUGUCGGAGUGGAUUCGAGAAGAAUCAGUACGGAGAAUGCAUAGGUAGGUCGAAAAUAUGAGAAGGAAACGGAAGAGCAAGAUUAAGACAUUGACGAGUGUCGUGGGUACAAAGCGGUUUGCGAUCGAAAUGCGUGGUGCGUCAAUGAGAUCGGAUCGUAUCGAUGCGAUUGCAUGGCAUCCUAUAGAGGAGACGGAAGACAUUGCACUUACGUCGGACUAGGUACUUUCGUUUGAGCGUGGCUUACUGUAGCUGUGACAGUUUAGGGAGAUCUUCAAUUGACUGCAAGGACUGCUCCAUCUAUUCCACGUGCAAUAACGGAGUGUGUCAGUGCAAAGAAGGGUACGAGGGCGACGGAUUCAACUGUACAGGUACUCCAACAUCUUCCGGUCUCUCUCUUCUCAGUGACUUGUUCAGAUGUGAAUGAGUGCUUGAGACAGCCAGAAAUCUGCGACAAAAACGCCGAGUGCAUCAACCGAGAGGGCAGUUUCAUAUGUACAUGUCUGGCUGGAUACGCUGGAAACGGCUACAACUGUACCGUAUCGAAAAGUGAGCUUCAUCCCAGACCAUCCACAUAAACUCCCUAUUGUGCGUCCAGAUUCCUGUCUGGAUAAGUUCGAUCACGACUACAAAGACACAUGUGGAAACGAGAACUGGAGACCGCACUUCUUCUUCAAUCAUCAGACCAGAAUGUUUGUAGUUUGUAGCUCUAGAAGCUCUAUAAACCAUUCUGCUCUUCAGGUGUGAGCAGUUUUGGUACGACGGGUGCCGUGGCCGAUCCCGUAACGUCUUCUCCGAGUACGAUACUUGCACUUCCAUGUGCGAAGAGACAAAUGUGCUUACGCGAGCAGGUCCGUUCCCACUUCUCCUUUUCCAGAUGAGCCCUCGUUGAGCCGUCGUCGAGCCUUUUUUGCGGGGCGCAACCAGCUCCAAUCGUAAAGUUUCCCAUUGCAUUUGUUCCGCUUCACUCUUUCAGCAUUGAAAAGUAAAGUGGCGGCUGGAUUAGCGUCACUUUUGAGGCGCCCGUUCUCGCUGGGAACCGGCGGCGCUCUUCCGGACUUGCUCCGCCUGACUCCUUAUAAUUGCCAUUCCCUUUUGCGCGCAGUGCGUAACCUCCACAUUGACGUACUUCUAUAGACGAUCAUUUCCGGCAGUGAGUAGUGCUUUGUUAGGCAACAUAUGCUGGUUGGUCAAGGACUUUUGCUGUUUUGUUCACUUGUUUAUUUCUGGGAUUGAGUGGGGUUAAGCCUUGAUCUUGGAGGUCUGAGUCGGAAGACUUUUCAACAAGUUCGAAUCUGUGAUCGUUAGUUCACCACUGCUAAGCUCCUAGAGUAGUGAGUCACUACCCUACUAGUGACUUCUUCAAGCCUGACUCCAAUCUCCAAAGAAGUCAGCUGACUGACAAUGUCAACUCUGCAAACUUCCUUCCGCGAACGUCCGAUUAACUGAACCUCUCCUCUCCCAAAAACACGCGUUCUUCAAUGUUUUGCCACCCAACCCUCUAACCGAAUCUUGCCGAUUGUCAAAAAUAGUCGAUGAUCCGACUCAAAGAUUAGUCAACUUCUUCUUCUACUUCUUCUGCUCCUUCCUCGACAAAUCAAAUUCUCAAUGAUUGUGGAGAGGGUGGUGUACAUACGUACUCACUCAAACAGAUAUAAUUCGAUUUUUGAUUUUAUGUCAAGAUAGUGGGGGUCGUCGUCGUCGCGCAGAGCUUAUAAGCGGCAAGAGCCGGGCACAGCUCUCCGAGUUUUUGGUCCCUCCGGACGGGCCUCGGAUGAGAAGACGGAAGACGUCGUCAGAAGAGAGAGAGAGAGAGAGAGAGAGAGAGGGAGAAGGGAGCAUAUUUCGUGUCAACUCUCUCUCUCUCUUUCUCUCUCUCUUUUUCCUUCCGACGAACCACCAAACACAUGCACAACCACAUACGCCAAAAUCCUUUUGCCGCCCGCCAAAAAAAAAUGGAAGCGAGGCGGCGGUUUUGAUCAAUUUUUUGACGUUCAGCUCUCGUUUGAUGCGCGACUCGCUUGCGUUUAUUUUCGGGUGGCCCAGAUGAUUUUGAUAUGGAGCGGAGGCUUUUGCAAUCUUUGCUGUUUCUCUCUUUUCCGUUCCUGUCCGCUUCUCUUCAAUAGUUCAAUAGUGUUCUGCAGAAGCGCUCCGAGUGGUGCAUCUAGUCGGACCAUUCUCAAAAUGCGAUGAGUCCACGUCAUGCCCCAUCCUCCUCCCACUCCCCCACUUUUCCACGGCAACGACGACGGCUCAGCAACAGAAGACGGCCCCUGGACUUUAGGAUAUCACUGAUCAUUCUCGCCCAGCUCCUCCCUUUCAUUGAUUCCCGUUCAGAAGUCUGCUGGGACAAGUUCGAUAUGAACUACCGGAAUCAGUGUUUGAACGGUGAGAUCCCUCUUGAAGACAUAAUUGAGAACUGCUCAUACAGGUCAAUGGGAACAACGCUACUACUUCGAUCAUGCCUCGUUGACGUGCCGGCAGUUUUGGUUUGACGGGUGUCGCUCCGAUUCCAGAAACAUUUUUGACGACGAGUUGACGUGUCAGUGGUUGUGCGAGUCGCAACCAAUGUACAAGUCUAGUGAGUUUUGUAUUAAGAUCAGACGAUGGUCCAAAACGGAUAACAUUAAAAAGGUUUAGCGUUGUUUUGUUUUGCCUCCACCCUCACUUUCAAACUUUUUGCCAAACAAACAAAUCUUGCCCGUCCCCUUCCUCUUUUUCCAAAAAAAAAGGCCGCCACAAAACAACAAAAAAGCACGCACGCUCUUGUCGCUCCCCGAACACGACACUCUGAGUGAUGAACUGGCACUUCCUCUUUAGGAUCGUGUCUCGAAGACUUUGACGAAGGACUCAAGAAAGAGUGCAACGGAGGUCGCUGGCGGCAGCAGUGGUAUUUCGAUAAGAAUGCGAAGGUAAGGUAGAAAAGAGAGUAUUACUGUAGGUGCAAUGUUUCCAGAAGUGCUUUCCGUUCUGGUACGACGGAUGCAAAGGCGAGAACGAGAACAUCUUCCAGGACGAGUUGAGUUGUUUGCACACUUGCGAGAAUCCGGCUAAGAAAGAUCGUGAGUCAUUCCAUAAUUGACAACUGUAUUUCAUUCCAUUGUCAGCCAAAAAGCCCUGGCACAACAACGACAAGUUCAAGAUGAAAGAGAUCAUCGGGGACAUAUAUAGUACGUUUUUCUCCUUAAUGUCCUUAUAUUUUUCCCCCAAAUCUCGUUUUUUUUUCAGAGCCAAAUGUCACUGACACGUGUCUUUCGAAGAAUCCGUGCAAGAACAACGGAACUUGCAUUUUCGUUUGGAAAAAAGACACGCACUAUUGUAAAUGUCCGCCCGGAUUCCACGGUAACAAUUGUGAGAAGGUUGUCGGUAAGAUCAGUUCAAAUGAGGAUCAAUCCCUCGAAUGCAUUGUUCAGACUUUGAUCCCUGUUCGUCGAAGCCUUGUCAGAAUGGUGCCACGUGUCAGAUCAAGUACAACGACGAUGACAUGGACGAAAAGCCGACUUUCGAGUGCUUCUGCGCCGCUGGAUUCGGAGGACCGAACUGUGAUCAGAGUAAUACUACAAAAAGAGUUUGAAAAAAGUAAAAGUGCUUCGAUUUCAGGACCCUGUGAGACCAAUCCGUGCCUGAAUAACGGAACGUGCCGAACGACCAAAGGGUACAGCACCUAUUUUUGCGAGUGUGCCUCCGGAUUCGGUGGAAAAAACUGUGAUGUUUGUGAGUGAUUCCUUCCUGCAUAUUACCAGGCAAAACAAAUCCGAUUUCAGCCAUCGGAAACACGCCGCCAGAAGAGAAGUUCGGAAAGAAUGUGGAGCAGAUUUCGAGUGGGAAAGAAGAAUGGAUUGCACAGAUGAGACAGCGGCUGAAGGAGACCGGCGGCGGCAUUGGGGGAGCCAGUGGGACCGGGUUGAAGGGUGGAAAUGGAACGGCGUCUGGAGCAGAAGCGUCCGGGGAGAAGGGCGGAGCGUCGGCGGAGAAGAAGCCCGGCAAGAACAAAAAGAGCAAGGCGACGCAGGUGGCCGAUGAGCCCUACAAAGGUAGGAUCUGGUGCUUUGCUUUACGAUCCGAAACGUCUUUUUCUAGACCCAGCGACUCGAAAACGAGAGCGUGAAGAGCGGGAGAAGAAGGAGGCAGAGGUGAAGGCGGCAGAGGAGGAAGAACAGCAACGGACGGCUUACGAAGAGGAGCUGGAAAAGAAGAAAGCCGAAGAAAUAGAGUUGGAGGCGAAAAAGGCGUUGGAGGCCGCCAACUCCGCGGACCAUUCCGCGAUCACUUUGAUUUUCGCUUUUCUUUUUAUAUUGAGAGUUGUUUAG